CGCAUCGAGUUGCGCGCCGUUGUGGUUGUGGCGUUGUGCGCCGUACGAAAGUGAUGUCGCACAAUACGUCACUCAAUUUACGAGAGAAUCUUUAACGAAUAAUUUGUGGCUUUUCUCGAGGUUGAUUCUCCUGCAGUUUCUCAAGUAGAGCGCGACCUAAAAUUAUGUCUGCCAUAUUUAAUUUUCAGAGCCUGCUGACUGUAAUAUUGUUGCUAAUAUGCACCUGUACCUAUGUCAGAUCUCUGGCGCCAAACUUGUUUGACAAACGGCUGGGAAAGGUUGGUUUUCAGGGUACUUUUUGGAAAUGUGCUAGGAUUGGUGAAAGAAAAAGCCCAUAUGUGGCUUUUUGCUGCGUCUGUAUGGCCUUUAGUAUUUUAUUUUGGUCGUAACAUUCCUACAUGAGUCAUCCUGGCCAAUGCAUUUGGUGUGUAUUCCAAAAUUAUAUCUUAAUAUAUUUAUGUAUCUAAGAUGUGUCCGAGAUGUGAGAAAAUAAAAAGCAGUUUUGAUA